AUGGAUAACACACUUCCAAUGUGCUUGACAAUUAUCGCAUUGGAAGAGCUCAAGAGACUUCUUACACCAAUUGAGAGAUUGCCUCUAAGGUUAGGUGGAGAAUCUGGUAGCGAAUACAUAAACAGACUACUACAUGCCCAUCCUGAUUUAUGCAAAGAACAAUUGAGAUUAGAUAGAAACAUAUUUGUGGAUGUUGUUACUUGCAUGAAAAAUAAAAAUUUAUUAUCGGAUGGUCGUUACAUAUCUGUGGCAGAGCAAUUAGGAAUAUUUUUAUAUAUCAUGGCUAAAGGCAGUUCUUAUCGUGAUGCUGUCGGUCGAUUUCCGCACUCUAUUGCAACAAUUGGGUUGUACUUUAAACAAGUACUGGAAGAAAUGGUUCAUUUGUCUACCGAGAUCAUAAGACCAUACCAAAGUUUGACCGUGGUGCCAAAAAAAAUAGGUGACAGCACAAAAUAUUGGCCAUAUUUCAAGGAUUGUGUUGGAGCAUUGGAUGAGACUCAUAUAAAUGCAGUUUUAAGCGAUGAUGAUGGUGUGGCACAUCGAGGGCGUAAAGGAAAAAAAACAUGGAAUGUUUUGGCUGCCUUUUCCUUUGAUAGGCUUUUCACGUUUAUCAACGUUGGAUUUGAAGGUAGUGCUCAUGAUAUUAAUGUAUGGAACCAUUGCUUAACUGUACCAGAAUUUCGAUUUCCCCAUCCACCUCCAGGUAUAAUUUAAAAUAGUGUAUGUUUUUACUCCAUACAUGACACUAUACUAAUAUGCUGUAUAACUUUAUUUUAUAACAGAAAAAUAUUAUCUAGU